AAACUGACACCGUAGUUUAACGUUAGUUUCCUUUUCGGUCGGUUGUUUGCAGACUUUUACAAAUGGACAUGUGAAUAACAUUUAUUUGUAGUAAGUAAUCUGUUUGUAACAGACGAUCUUUGGCUACGCCCAGCGCAUGCUCAGUAGCGCAAAGGCUGCUGGUACUCGGCUGUCAUGGCUCCGAACGUAAACAGAAAUCUGUGAAUAACGACGCAUGCUGUUGUAGUAUUUAGCCAAAUUAACUGCAGUUGCAUUUUAUCUGUAUUUAUCAGCCGGAGAAACAAGUGCCAGGUACUUUACAAGGUUCACGUAGCUACAGAAUCACUUGCAUCUAUUUGAUUUGCUCUCAAUGUUUGGUAUUUCUGCUAGCUUAAAGCUAGCUGUUAGCCGCAAAAGCAUGACAGCGUGAUUCUCGAGUUUUCCUCUUGGCUGCGACACCGACUUCAAGGCUACAACGUACAGCAACACGUGUUAAGAAUCUCUCCAAAACAAAUGUCUGUUUCACAGGGAAUAACAUGUCCGGGGGAAACAAAGCCAUUGAGUUACAGCUUCAGAUGCGGCAGAAUGCGGAGGAUUUGCAGCGCUUCAUGACGGAGCUGGGGAGCUGGGAGGAAGACAUAAAGAAGAAGGACGAGGAGCUGAGGACGGGAGGACUUCCGGAGGCCCAGAAGCUUCCACCUGUGCGCAACAAAGACUACAAAACAAAGAUGAGGGAGAGGAGGAAGAAGAAGAAGAAGGAGCCAACAGGCAAUGGUGACGCAAAGGCUCAGGAGCCCAGUGAAGCCUCGAGGAUAAAAGCAUACGACUAUAGAUCAUGGGACAAGUUUGACGUGGACAAAGCUUUGACAGAGAUGGAUAAGGAGGAAAGUCCUGCAGAGUCAAAUGAGUCUGACUCUGAGGAAGCGACAGCUGAUCAGGAGAAAGCGCUGGCUGAGAAAGAAAGGGGUAACGCGUUUUUCAAAGAUGGGAAGUACGACGAGGCUAUUGAGUGUUACACCAGAGGGAUGUGUGCAGAUCCUUACAACCCUGUGCUUCCCACAAACCGAGCCACCUCCUUCUUCAGACUAAAAAAGUAUGCUGUGGCAGAGUCCGACUGCAACUUGGCUAUAGCUCUGGACAGCAACUACUUCAAAGCGUACGCGCGAAGAGGAGCAGCACGGUUUGCACUGAAGAAAUAUGAAUCUGCAUUGGAAGAUUAUGAGAUGGUUCUCAAGCUUGACCCCGGGAACGCAGAAGCACAGAAUGAAGUAAAAAAAAUCAAAGAGACUCUCGGAGAUCAGGCACCAGCCGUCCCGAGUGAAGCCGCGCAGCCACAGGAGACCCCCACGGCGGACCCCGAGCGGCAGAGGCUGAUGGAGGAACAGCAGAGACGACAGGAGGCGGCUUUACAAAAAGACAGAGGGAAUGCUUAUUUCAAAGAGGGGAAGUAUGAAGCAGCUGUUGAGUGCUACAGCAGAGGCAUGGAGGCGGACAGCAUGAACGUCCUACUGCCCGCCAACAGAGCCAUGGCCUUCAUCAAGCUGGAGAAGUAUAAGGAGGCAGAGGAGGACUGCACCAGAGCCAUUUCUCUGGACAGUACUUACUCCAAGGCUUUCCACCGUCGUGCCACCGCCAGAGGGGCUUUAGGGAAACUGGAGGAGGCCAAACAAGAUUUUCAGGAGGUGUUGAAACUGGAACCAGGGAACAAGCAGGCCCUGAAUGAGCUCCAGAAACUCCAGAUUGACGUGGAUUCCGGCGGCCUUCUCCAAACCCCCGACGGCACACAGAGGAGAACAGUUCAGCCGAUAGACAAACCAACACAUCUGCGGUCAACUAAACCUCUGAGGAGGAUCGACAUUGAGGAAGUGAGUGGAAAGGUGACCGUGUCCGAGACGGAGUCGGGCGGGUCCAAGUCCCUGAUCCAGGAAGUGACGAGGGAGGCCGGGGACCAAUCCUCUCCGCUGUCGACUUCGCCCAGCGCCAAGAUGAUCAAGAUGGAGGAGCAAGCAGAAGUCCCCUCACGCUCGUCUGAGCAAGUCCCUGCUAGCAGACAGCCGGAACAACCCGAGCAGGGGGAAAUGGUUCCUCCUGCUGCUGGAGCAUCAGUCAGCCACUCCUCCACAGUAGAUGAGCUGCCUUCUCCACCCACCAACAGCUUCAAGCUGGAGGCCGACUUCCGCACCAUCGGGAACCAGCCUGAGGUGAUCUACAGAUAUCUGAGGCAAAUCAAGCCCGAGGCGUACGCAACCAUUUUCCACAGCUCCCUGGAGCCUCACAUUCUCAAUCAGAUCCUGAGGACGCUGCACGGUUUCUAUAUCAAGAAUGAAGCCCCAGCCGCCACGCUGGAGAUCCUCAGGAGUCUAGCGAGUGUGAGGCGCUUCGACAUGGCCGUCCUGUUCCUGUCGUCCCCGGAGAAGAAAGUGCUUAAAGAACUGUUUGACUUCCUCCACCAAGCGGAGCUGGAGGGAUCAUCUGUCACAGCUUUACAGAAGAAGUACGGUGUGUGACGCUGCUAAUUCUAUAGACUUUUAGUUUCAACACACAGUGCUACAUUAUUUUCCAAACCUAUAAUCUAAUACAGAAUAAAUGUCCAUUCACUACACUUGUGCUAUGGCCACGUGGAAAUAUGAUGUCAUCUACUUUCUGUCUUCAUUGCAUUUUUUAUUUUUUUUAACUUAUGGAAAUUCAAACAGUUUAGAUUUUUAUUUGGAACGUGUUGCAUUUUAGUAUUAAGGCUGAUUUAAAAAAACAACAACCGGAGACCACCAGUGUAGAGUCAUGUUCCUUAUGCAAAAGCUGAUGUCAUUAUUCAUCAUACUUGAAAAAAAUCUGCGACUUUACGGUGUAAAUGUAUAUGUUUAACUAUUUACUGCACAACUCUUUCUAUAAAUGUAUGAGCAUGCAAUGUGGAAAAAUAGUUUUUGUCAGAUAACUAUAUCUUAUAGGCCCUAUAGGAUAUAGUAAUAUAAUAUAGGAGAUUAACCAGAAGCCAAAGUUUAAGGAUAGCUUUGGUAUUUUUCAACCUGGACCCUAUUUUCCCAUGUUUUUGUGUCUAAGUGACUGAUGGAAACAACAUUUUAAUGAAAUGAGUCCAGUAGUGACCACUGCUGCAGCCAGGAGCUGCGAUACAGGCUGCAAUGUAAUUCCUUUCUCCACCAUCAAUUUCCGUCCACUAAAAGUGCUGUUUUUGCCACUGACAGGCUGGCUCCGAUUAUUCUAAGUGUCUGAGAACAUUAUGGAAAAGAUCCCUACAGGAAUAGACCUUUUUGUUAAAGAGUAAGGUCCAUAGAAAAAGCCCUGAAAUCGCCAUAUUAGCCAAACUCACCAGACUCUAUUUAAAUAAACGCACAGAUUGUUGGAGCAGUGGAUAGCCAAGACGGCUUUUGACAGUUUUAUUUUGUCUCUGUCGACUUUGGAUAAAGUGUGUUUUACGAUGAUAAAAUUACUGUUUAUUUACAUGGAGUCUGGUGGGUUUGGCUAUAGCAGUUUUUGGGGCGGUUUCAUGUUAAACAAAAAGGAUCUUACUGUUUAACAAAAAGGUCGACCUCUGUACGGAUCCUUUCCAUAAUGUCAGCCAGCCUGUCCGUGGCAAAACAAGCACGUUUUGUGGACGGAAAUUGAAGGUGUGCAAUUGCCUGUUAACGUUACGUUUCACCUUGUUUCACCUUGCUUAAAACUGGACCCAUUUCAGAUCGUUGCUCCCAUCAGUCACAGACAAUGGAAGAUGGGGUCCAGGUUAGAAAAAAAAACAACUAAGUUACCCUUGAAGAAGUGUGAAUUUCCAACUUUUCCAAUAUCUUUUGAAUGCAGCACAAGUAUGGAUUGGUCUCUGUGAGUACUCUGCUCCGUUAGAAUGUUCCUCCCAUUCUAACAACACAAAAUGUAUUGACUAUACCGGCUCAGUUUGACUGGAGACUGGAGAGAACUGUGUGAGAGAGGAGUCAGAAGUAUUUUGCAAAUACAGUUCUCUUUUUCAGAAACUGAACAAAUAAAGGUGUAUUUUAUAA